GUAAUGUAUUUGAAUUGAACUAAAAAGCCCUCGGUAAGAAAACAGCAUUGCUUUCAUCUUCUUCGUCCUCACUCUCCUCCAAAGAAAUGGCUUCCACUUCCAUCCCUCUCCUCAAUCUCUCCGCCAAAACCGCCAUUAGAGCAGCUCUAUUCCCUCACUCCUCCACCAUCAAAUCUCGCCACCAUUUUUCUCUCCCUUUUCUCCCCUCAAAAUCCGCAAAGUCAGCAAAAUCCACCCCCAUUCGCAUGUCCUACAACCCUACUCCAGCCACCGACCGCCUCAUCUCCGCCGUUUCUUACACUCUCCCCUUCUUCAACUCCCUCCAGUACGGCCGCUUCCUCUUCGCCCAGUACCCAGCCCUCGGCUUCGCCUUCGAGCCGCUGCUCCCGAUUCUAGGGCUUUAUCGCUCGAUCCCUCAUUCGAGCUUCGUCGCGUUCUUCGCUCUAUACUUGGGCGUGGUUCGAAACCCUAGUUUCAGUCACUACGUGCGCUUCAAUUCGAUGCAAGCGGUGACUCUGGACGUGCUGCUGGUGGUGCCAUUGUUGAUACAGAGGAUCCUGAGUCCGGGAAGAGGCGGGAUAGGGUUCAAGAUAAUGGUUUGGAGCCAUAAUGGAUUGUUUGUUUUCAGUGUUUUGUGCUUUCUAUAUAGUAUGGUUUCUUGUCUUCUGGGUCGAACCCCUCACUUGCCCAUUGUUGCUGAUGCUGCUGGCAGGCAGAUUUAGCUUCCAGGAAGUCUGACACUUAAGUUGAAAGUACAUAGACAAGGGGGAAAAACAAGAACCAAUAUUAAAGGUAUAUGGACCAAAUUAGUGUUUGAACGUAAUAAAUGAAGAAAGUGAUGAUAUUGGAGAGAACAAUGUAGAUGGAGAAGCGUCAAGUGAAAUAGGACGUGGUAUAUUUUUUUGGAUUUAAGAUCCACUAUUGCAAAUAUAUGUGAGGGAAUCUUAAAACUUAGGAAAGCAAGAAGCAGUGUGUAUGUUGAAUCUAGUUCUGUAUCCACUGAAUAUGUGAAGCUUGCGAGAGUGUUGGAGAGAGGAUCUUUGUUUCACCGUGUAAGACAUUGAUAUAGCAACUUUUUUCUUUAAUAUGAUGAUAGGUUAAUUCUAUCUUUUAUAUUGUAUAUCACAAUUAUAAUUAGGUGGAAGUUAUGUCACAGCUAGGUAGGUUUGUAGCAACUAAUGGUGAAGGGAAGCAAGCUGAAAUGAACAUUGUUCAACUAGUAUAAAGUAUGCACGUCAAUCUGGAGGUUGGAGGUUAAACCCCUCGCCAAACAAUUGUGUAAGGAAAGGAUGGUGAUUCUUUGUAGUUUGGUUGAAAGAAUGAUAAGCCCCGUGUACUUUUGAAGAAUUGAUAAAAAAAAAAAAAAAUGGAUGGGGACUUUCUUCCACUUUUAUUUUUUUAAAAAAAUUGAUCUCUAGAACUUGUGAUAGUUUUUAAUUUGGUCUCCAUAGCAAUCUUGGCUGACAAGCAUCAAGAUAAUUCAUUGAAAUAGUUGGCUAAACAGAGAAAACUUAUUGUGCUAUUUUUGACAACUACACUAUUGAAAUGAUCUAGUUCAUCCUA